ACCGCAGCAAAGAUGUCUUUUUUGAAGAUCUUGGCUGUUAUUUUCAUCGUCAUGUUGUCGAAGGCGGCGUCUGAAACUGCAGAAGCAAAAUGCACAGAAAAGGACCCCCGUCAGGUUUAUCCAUACUGCAUGUAUUCUAUUGCCGAUGAUUCGCUAUGGUGUGACCAGUCCAAGUACAAGAGAUUACCGAGUGUCGAUGAAAUUAAUAGACAUUUGGCCCCAAAUCGUAACUGUACAUUAGCGAAAAAGCUUUACGUCAACGACAGUUGCUUACAAGAGAUUAGUGAAGAUGAUCUCAGACCGUACCAAGGAAUAUUGGCAUUGUACGGAGACAUGAACAGCAUUGUUCACCUGGCUUCAAAAACGUUCGAAAAGAAUAAGGAACUAGAAAAAAUUCACUUCUGCUCGAAUAAAAUUCGAGCCAUCGAUCUACAUGCCUUCAAAGGUCUCAAACAAUUGAAACAUGUACAUCUUGAUAACAACGAAAUCACAGAAUUGCAUUCAGGGACGUUCGUCGGCUUAAGUUCUCUUCUAGUUAUAUCUUUGAAGAACAAUAAACUGAAAGAAAUCGGUCGAAGCCACUUUCAAAACUUGAAUAACUUAAAAACUUUACAACUUCAAGGCAAUUUCAUACAGCGUAUUGAAGACCGAACGUUCAGUACAUUGACAGGACUUAAAAAUCUUCACUUAGACAAUAAUAAAAUAUCUGUUAUCACGCCCAGAACCUUCAGCGGGUUGGAAGGGCUCGAAACCUUAACUUUAACUCAUAACGGAAUCAGAUCGUGGCCAAGAACAUACGGGGUUGUUUUCGUCAAUCUGCAAACACUACAUCUUGGCAGUAAUGCCAUAUCAGAGAUAUUUCUACCGGAACACGUAGAAAAUGUGGCGAAGCUUAGAUAUCUGUCAUUAGACAACAACUUGAUUUCAAAACUUCAUCCAGAGCUAUUUCAUGCAACCCCAGAACUUCAGCAUUUGAACUUGAGUAGUAACAGUUUCGAAGACAUUCCGGCCGAUGCAUUUGAAACACUGAGUGAAUUGCAUUCGCUUAUCUUAAAAGACAACCGACUGAAGACACCAAAAUCCGAGUGGUUUAAAAACGUUAUCAAGAAUGCAAACAAAGAAAGUAAUGUGGGGUUGGAAAUGAACGAUUGGAUUUGUGAUUGUGGGAUCUUAAGCUAUUUACAAUACGUCGAAGAUUUGCAUAAACACGAAAAUCCGACAGUCCGAUCGUUAGCAAGAAAACUUCAAAUAGUCUGCCACAGCCCAGCUCAAUAUCAGAAUAAACUUUUGACCCCGGAAGUAGGAAACGAAAUAAUAUCGCGACAAAAUUGUCCACAUUCCAUCUUUGAGAUCCUCCCAUCAACUACCCCAGCCAUCGUUGAAAAAUCGAAUAACCCAGACGAUGAGGAAGCUAACAUCCCAAAACAUAUGCAAUCGUCUACAGAAAUUGUAAACACCAUUUCCAUGAUUACUGCAGAAGUUACCGAUAAUUUAAACACAGGCGUAAUUGUAGGUAUUGUAGUUGGAUUGUUGUGCGCGGUGGUAGCUAUUAUUGUAGCUUUGGGCGUUCUGCAUCGUUACAAAUUCAGGAAAGCAGAUUCACGUCACUUCAGGAAACGUAAUGUUAGCACUCGUAGCCAAACAUCGGGUCUUUUAUCAGAUGAAGGGAAAGGCGACAAAUAUGAACAUCCAACACAUGUGUAAUUGAAUAUUUUGUAAAUGUCAAAUUUUGCUUAUUUGUUCCUAAGAGUUUCGAAUUUUUACUGUAAUAUCUCUGCCAACAAGAUACGUGUGGAUGUGCGUCGAAGAUUUGAAACAGAAGGACGAGUAGUUUGCCAAGCGAUCUAGGCCUCACGCUAGCGUCGUGUUCAUCACGUUGCACUUCGCGAUGCUGGCACCGAGUUGAAAACUCAAAGAGAGUUCCAUUUUACAAUGUAACAAUCAUUAAAGUUUAUAUAACAUAUUUUAUACUUUUGGCAGUUAUUGUACUUUAAGAUAUCUCUGAUAUAUUGCGCAUUUGGCAGAUACAUCUGAAAAACUAACAGCAUAAACUGUAAAUUUUAAGCAAACUCGGCCCCAUGGUACCGGUACAAAUAUGCGACUUUCGUGCCCACGUAGCAUUUCUCUUUAGUUUACCAGAAAUCUAAGCUUAUCGUGGAAUUGAAUGAUUUUUAUCUGAUAUUCAAUUUUUUGUACCUAUCAGCCAUAAUCGAGAUCUAAUCACUCACCCAAUAUAAUUCAAGGUAUCGUUUCGUUUGUUUAACUUUUAAAGGAACAAUGAACGGUCUAAACCUUGCUCUCCGCGAGAGCCGAGUUUUAAUUUUUUCAAUAUAAUUCUUUCAGUUUAGUUUUACUUGGAAAAUUUUUAUUUUAUGCAUUUUUUUUCUUUGCUGUGUUUUUAGAUUCUCAUUCAUUUUAUACAUUUCAACAUAGUUAAAUAUUUUCGCUGGGGAAGGAUACCGCUUUUGGUGGGCAUAAUCUAUUUUAUUAUAUCGCCUAUAAAAAGGAAUUUUUUUUAAAUAUCCAGGGAAUGUAAAUAAUAAAAAACAAUAACAUCAGAUAAAAAAACAAAAAAAAAAUAAAAAAGUGAAAAGCAAAAACGUUUCCAAGAUGCAAACAAAUAAACUCACCCAAGU